AUGCCCUCAGUACCUGGCACUUUGCACAUCCCAAAACUCAACAGCCUCUGUAAAUCCUCCACUGUCGGGAACUCAACCCUGAACAAUUGUCACACUCUGAACCUCAUCGGGAACCUCCCUCUCGGUCGGAGACUCAAAGAACGUGACAAGGCUAAUUGGACAGACGAAAAUACGUACAUUUUGUGUGAGUUAGCUUGUGAGGAGAUAGAGGAUGGCAAUUUUACUGCUAAAGUUUGGACCAGUCAGGGCUACAAAAAUAUGAAGGAGAAAUAUUAUCAAAAGACAAAAUUGUGGCAUCCAGGGAGGGAAGUGAAGAACAAAAUCCAGAACCUGAAGGGUGUGUACAAUGAUUGGGUAUGGUUGCAGCAACAAACCGGAUGCGGCCGCGGCGAACAUGGAGAAGUUACGGCAACUACAACUUGGUGGGAGAGGGAGAUCAAGAGUAGACCAAAUCUCAAGAAAUUUAGAAAGGGUAACCCUGAGUACAUUGGAUUGUUGCAUGAGAUGUUUCAUGAGGUAGCUGUGGAUGGUACUUCUGCUUAUGUACCUGGGCCAGCAGAUGAUAUAGAGGCAAACGACGAUGAAGAUACAGAGGCAAACGAGGAUGGCAGCCCAAUGAGUACCAGUACCCGCAAGAGGGGUGCCAGCCCAGUUGAUUUUAGGAGUACAACAAGUAGUCCUUUAAAGAAAAUCAAAAUGAACAUGGAGAAUGGCAAAACUAAGGGUCCAUUUUUGAGGACCUUGAAGGAGAUCACCACCAGAAUGGACAAGGAAGCUGAGACAUCAAACACUAUAUUGCAAGCAAUUGUAGACCAAGGCAAAGAAAAGGCAAAGAGAAGUGAGGAGCGUAAGGUAGCAGUAGCUACAUGUCAGCAACUUGCCAUUGAGUGUGGGGCAGCAGAGGAGUCAAUUGAGUACUUUGUAGCAUGUGACUUAUUCAAGGACAAACACAACAGAUUUGUCUUCCAGAACAUGAAGACCCCACAAGCUAGGCUCAUAUGGUUGAAGAGAUGGUGCAAAGCAAAGAAGUUGUAUGACGAAGAUGAGUCGUAG